UGUACGAGCUUGGAAGGCGUGACCUGGCUUGUGUUUCCUGGCUUCUUGCAUUUUGCUGCAUUUCUGGUUUAACUUCAAGCCUCCUCUGAUCUGCAGAGAGUGCAAAUGUCCCACUUUUGGGUCUCCCAACCCACAGGUCUGCAGGGUUGAACACUGUGGCCCAGGAGAGAGAAAAUUACUUGGAGACUGUGGCCUUAUCUCCCCCUUAGCUCAGAAAAUCUGCAAGGAAUGUGGGAGCCAGCUCUGCCUGGUGCUGACAGGCAGCUCCUUAGCUGCUUAAUGAACUUCUGGGGCUUAAACCACCUUUGCGCAGUGCUAUAGUCUGUGCUUUGCUCAGAGCUGUGCCAGGGGCAGAUCCUAUGGUGCAGCCCCUCGUGCUUUUCCAAGGUGAGAGGUUGCGGGGAUUUUGUACUGGUUGUGAGCUGUCACACUGCCCUUUUGGCUGGGUCAGCAAAAGCAGGAUUGAGAAAGAGCCUCCUGUUCAAGCUGAAGGCCUCUACCGUGCUGGGAGCGUUGCGUCAAGUGUAGUAGCCAGCUCUUGCAGGGGUGAGAGCAGCAGGAGGCUGGUGAGGAGUGGGUGACGUGCCCUGCGCAAUGCCCCAUCUGCUACAAGUACUCUUGGUGCUUCCGUCUGUGCUCGGUUGGUCCUCAGGGUCACGAUUCCUGCCUGGCCUGUACUGCUGACACACAGGCAUUGCCAGAUGUCUGUGUGAGGCAUUAGCUAUAUAAAGGGGGGAGAUAGGAAUAGCCCUGAUCGCGUCCUAUCUUGCUGUGCUUAUCUUUUCAAGGUGGGUCUGUGUUUAACCUGCUGUCUUUGAGGGCUGUAGUACUGAGUGUCUUGCCUUGCUUUGCAGAGAAGUAACUUUGCUCAGAGCAGGUUGACGUGGCUCUGAGAAGACAAAUGAGGAUUUCUGCCUCCAAAUCUGUUUGGUUUUCUGCUGCACGUUUCCUUCACAUAUCCUGCAGUGGAUUAGCAUGUCUCACAUGACAACGACUGAGCAAUGAAUGUUGCAAUUGAAAACUUCCCUUGUUGAAUGUGUGACCUGGACCUAGGUCAAACGAAACAAACAGCUGAUUUAACAGCACAUGUUUGCUGUGUGAUUCCAAGCUCCGGAUCAUGAGCAGAAAUGCUGGAGGGAGUCCCAUCUCAGCUUGUCCUGUCCUUUCCUUUCCACACAGGGCUUUUUUCUGGCUGGUGUCCCUGCUCCUGGCGUCUUUGAUCUGGUUCAUUUCAGUCCAUCUCAGUGACCAGGAGGACUCCAAGCUUCAGUACAGCCUCCUCGUCUUCGGGGCCGCCGUCUCCGUCCUGCUGCAGGAGGUGUUCAGAUUCGCCUACUUCAAGCUGCUGAAGAAAGCUGAUGAAGGUUUGGCUAUGAUUAGCGAGGACGGCCAGUCCCCCAUCUCCCUCAAGCAGAUGGCCUAUGUGUCGGGCCUGUCCUUCGGGAUCAUCAGUGGCGUGUUUUCAGUCAUUAACAUCCUGGCGGACUCCAUUGGACCAGGCAUUGUCGGGAUCCACGGGGACUCACCGUACUACUUCAUCACGUCAGCAUUCCUCACCAUGGCGGUCGUCUUCCUCCACACGUUCUGGGGAGUGAUCUUCUUCGACGCCUGUGAGAAGCGCCGCUACUGGUGCCUGGGGCUGGUUGUUGCCAGUCACCUCAUAACGUCGGGGCUGACAUUCCUGAACCCCUGGUACGAGGCCAGCCUGGUCCCUAUUUACAUCAUCACAGUCUGCAUGGGUGUCUGGGCCUUCUUCACAGCUGGGGGCUCCUUCCGCAACAUCCUCAAGUGCCUCUCCUGUAAGCAGGAGGAAGACAACAGAGUGAUGAUGUACUCAGCACUGCAGGUGCCUUUUGAGGACUGAGCGUCUCUGCAGCAGACCACAGUCCUGCCUGCCCGGGCUGCCCGCAGUGGUUCGAUACCCAAGUGCCCUGUUCUUGGCAGCUGGAACAUCUCACAACACUGCCUUGACCUGCACCAGGCUGAGGGCACAGGGCUCCAGGUGCCUCCAGCCUUCUCUCGAACGACCUCCCCAACUAGAUAGGUGCUGGGGCAGCCUCUGCACUGGAAAUUUGGGGAAAUCUGGGCCCUCCAGUGUUCCCAGUCAACUCUGCUGGGAGAGGCUGUACCUGGCCUCUCUCCACUUAAUGAACCUCUCCUUUGUCCUGGGACUGUGGCACAAACCCUGCUCUGUGCCCUGCCCCUUCUGUGCACCCUGCUCCAGAGAGGCUUUUUUGGGGUCAUUUCUGUCCGACCGGUGCUGCUCUCUAGCCUCGUGGAGCCUCCUGUCCUUAGUGCUCCCGUUAGCUUUGUUAGUAACUCUUUUUGGUUAUAUAUAUAUUUUUUUUUUUUUUACAGGGUAUCCCUGCAGGUGGGUGGUGGGAACAGGUCUGAAUGCCUGGUGGGGAGGGCCCCAAGCUCAGCCUCGUGCAGACCCCGGCGUGUCCGUUCCUCAGAGUGGGUUUGCUGCGGUCCGGGGUUGUUCCUGGCUGGGACCCCGGCCCUGUGCCCUCUGCUCCCUUCCUGCACCCUGGCAGCCCACCCUGCGCAGGAGCAGGACCCAGAGGAGGGAGAUACUAAAGCAGCCCAGCCUUCGUCCCCAGAUGUCCCCCGAGGUCCUGGCGUGGGAGCCAAGGGUGCAGGGUCCUGGGAGCAGACUGGCCUCCCCCUCGCUUUGCUCGGCGAGAGAGGCUCUAGGAUGCGAAUGACAUCCUCCCAGGCGAAGGCUCAGCCCUCAGCAUGGCUUGGGCCUGGGCUGGGCGUUGUGUGUUUGUCAUUUCCCGCGUGGCCUGUUCGGAAAUGGUUUGAAUCACUGCUGCUUUCAGGGACUGGCACGGCUGUCUGGCAGGGCCCCUGGCAGGGAGGUGCCGGAGACGGGUGGGCCAGUCGCUGCCUCUCUCACGAGCUUUCUGAUCUCGAUCUUUGGGUCUUUUUAAAGUCUGUGGGAACACGCGUUACCGUGCUGUGGAAUGGAGGGUGGGGGGGUUAAAUUAUUUUUUUGAUUCAGAGUAAAAUCGUUUUAAUAGACUAA